CACCGCUGAAAAGAACACUCCAUAUGGAUAAGAUGUGGUGGUUUGUUGCAGUGGGGUGCCUAAUACAAGCAACUUCAAGCUCAGGAAAGCUCACCAGGAGAAAAAGAGAUGGGAAUCCUGAACUUCAUAUGAAUGUUUCUCAGUGGAUUAGCUACAACAGAUACCCCUGUAAGGAAUAUGAAGUCUUGACAAAAGAUGGUUAUUAUUUGACAAUAAACAGAAUUCCCUUUGGAAGAAAAAAUCUUAUGAGCAAAGAUCCAACGCCUGUUGUGUUCCUCCAGCAUGGAUUAUUUACAGAAGCUCGUUCUUGGGUUGCAAAUAUGCCCUACAACAGCCUUGCUUAUAUAUUAGCAGAUGCUGGCUAUGAUGUCUGGCUGGGGAACAACAGAGGAACAAGCUGGAGUCAAAGGCACCAGAAUUUAUCCGUUGACCAAGAGGAAUUUUGGGAUUUCAGUUUCCAUGAAAUGGCCAUGUUUGAUCUUCCAGCGAUGAUAAAUUUUAUUCUGCAAAAAACUGGACAAAAACAAUUAUAUUACAUUGGUCAUUCUCAAGGUACUACUAUUGGUUUCAUUGCAUUUUCUGCCAUGCCAGAGCUGUCCCAAAAAAUCAAAAUGUUCUUUGCCUUGGCACCAUUGAUUUCUAUUGAACAUGCCCCAAGCCCCGUGUUAAGAUUAUUACGCUCCGUAUCUGAAAAGUUUGUCAAGAAUGUACUUAUUGGCAAAGAAUUUGUGUUUUCACGCAAGCCUGUGAGAAAGAUUGUCUCCAAGUUAUGCAGUGGAACAUUCAUGAGGAAAUUCUGUAUUCAUCUGAUAUUCUCUAUAGGCGGAUUCAAUGCAACAAAUAUAAAUACGAGCCGAGCAGAUAUAUAUACGGCUUACUUUCCAGAUGGAGGAUCAGUCAAAACUAUUCUCCACUGGAGACAGGUUGCAAAAUCAGGGGUAUUCAGGUGUUUUGACUAUGGGAGUGAGAAUCAGGCAAAAUAUAAUCAGAACUUUCCACCUUCAUAUAACUUACAAGACAUGAUUGUACCAACUUCAGUAUGGUCUGGAGAAAAGGACUUGAUAGCAGAUCCAAAAGAUGUGGCUAUUUUACUUCCUCAGAUUAAGAACCGAAUUUACUAUCACAAUUUUUCAGAUUGGAACCACUGGGAUUUUGUCUUAGGUCUCAAUGCCCCCCAACGUUUGUACUACAGAAUAAUUGACUUGAUGGGGAAAUCACUGUAAAGCAAUAAUUUGCCAUUUGAUUUUGUAGACAUCUGUUUCUUUUAAAAUAAUCACAAGAACCUGUUGAUGGAGGGUGGGGAAAGCUGACUUCCCAGAUACCAACUGGGCUCUUGUUCACCGCUCUAGGUGGGGCACUAAUCUGUCUAGAAGAGCGGUAUGUAAGUGCCAUUAUUAUUAUUAUUAUUAUUUCACUAAAUUCCUGAAAGAUGCUUGAAAGUGCUUAUGUUUUACUUGAUCAUUACCAGUAUAGUUAAUACAGUUUGAUGGUAUGUGGUAAAGUGGGAGCGGGUAUGGCCUGUUUAACUUUUCUAUGGCAUCUACAGAAUCUAGUGUUCAAAAAUGUAAUAAUGCAA